UAGGUAAUUGCAACCGCCAAUGGGGCGGGAGGCUGGGUGACGCUCUCCAAAUAAAUACCCGCUGUGCGUGGCGUUCAGUAAUCAGGGGUUGACUUGUGAAGAGCAAGAGAACGGCAUUUCAUUUACGCGCAAUUCCCUUAAGAGCUGAGUGUUCAGAAACUCCAGGACGGUUACAGAUGGCGUUAGUUUUUGCGCCUCACGCUCUCUCGCUCUCUCUUGAGAGUUCAUCGCUCCGACACCGAGAAAAUGCGUCAAGAUGAAAAGUCAUGCGUGAGGUGGUUUUUCUUUCAAGAGACGCGGGGAAAGAACGAGAGAGUCCAUUGUAAUCUCAGACAAGGUGCGCGGGUCCAACACCGUACCAGCAGAGGAGACGCGCGCAACGCCACCGGACAACGGAGUGGAUAGGACGCACAGCUAUUUCUUAAUAUGAUCCAAACGGAUCUUGGCGCACCAAACUUCAAGAUGGACGGCCACAACUGGACAUCGAUGCCUGAGAACGUCACCGAGCCGGAGCCGCUGCCCUUCAGUGUGGACACCGCAGUCAUCUACACCAUUGUCUUCAUUGUGGGUUUUCUGGGUAACACAUUGGUCAUCUACGUGGUGAUCCGCUACGUCAAGAUGAAAACGGUGACAAACAUGUACAUUCUCAAUUUAGCCCUGGCAGAUGAACUCUACAUCUUAGGAAUCCCCUUCCUUGGCACCAAUAGUGCACUUUCCUAUUGGCCAUAUGGGGAUUUCUUCUGCAAGGUGUGCAUGACUGCUGAUGCCAUGAGCCAGUUCAGCUCCACCUUUUGCCUGACUGUAAUGAGCAUUGACCGCUACCUGGCUGUGGUUUAUCCUAUUCGCAGUACCAAAUGGCGGAAUCCUCAGGUGGCCAAGAUUUUUAAUAUCAUGGUGUGGGUUGUUUCCUUCCUGAUUGUGUUGCCAGUCACCAUUUACUCGCAUGUUCAGAAGGAGUUCAACACCUGCAACAUAAGCUGGCCUGAGCCACGUGAUUCGUGGUCCAUUGCCUUCAUCCUCUAUACAUCCAUCCUGGGCUUUUUUGGUCCCGUCUUUGUCAUCAGCCUGUGCUACCUGUUGAUUGUCAUCAAGGUGAGGUCUGCAGGUGUGCGCGCGGGCGUGACAAAUCGGCGUAGGUCGGAGCGCAAGGUGACGAAGAUGGUGGUGAUCAUCGUGUUGGUGUUUGUCAUAUGUUGGCUGCCCUUCUUCAUUACCAACAUUGUCAACCUGGUUUAUAUCAUCCCUGAGAGUAAAACCACCGCUACAGUCUACUUCGUCCUGGUCAUCCUCACCUAUGUCAACUCCUGUGCCAACCCGAUCCUCUACGGCUUCCUCUCUGACAACUUCAAGCAGAGCUUCCAGAAGGUCUUCUGCUUUCACAAACCAAAUGGCGUUAGCGCCACAGAGCAGAUGGGAAUUAGACACGCUGCACCCAAGUCUCUCCAGGUGGAGAACUCGGACAGAGAGGCGUUCACUUCAAAACCAGCAAUGAAUGGCCAGUGAACUCUUGUGACCCACCAUGUGCUCGUGUGGAAUUUCCUGUGGUCCUGUUUUUGUUUGGUGCAUCUUUAUGGUUUGUCCUCCCCCCCCCCCUCUCUGAAUGGGACCAAAUGAGUAAUGCUGGAUGAACAGCUAUUUACAGCAUUCAUGGUGAAGGCCUGCAUUUUUGUUUUUGUACUUUAUGCCUUUGUAUUGUUUUAUGUCAACAACUGGUCUCAGUAUGGAAAUUUAAGACGCUGCACAUUCUCAGUCAGCAUGAACGAGGCUUUUAUUGUCAACACGAGCAAAGACGGGCUUUUUUGCUUCUACUUGUUUCUAUAUUUGAUCAAAUUAGAAGCAACCAUCUGUGAUCUGUUCCAUUUGCUGCUGUUUAAUGCAUUUCACAAGAAUUUCUACAUGUUUACCCGUUGCCAUAAUGAAUUCAUUAUAUGCACAUUUCGGCACUAAGAACAUCUGUGCAGAAAGUUUUGAGUUAACAGUUAACGUCAAUCUCUGCUGAAGAAUCAGAACUCUGCUACACUGUAUAAUCACAUCAGUGGCGGUCGCUAUGGUCUGUGACCCAGGGGAAGCUCAUCUUGACACCUUUAUACAUAAAUGAUAUAGUUGAUUGUUAUAGCAAACUUUUAGUAAUGAAAUGUAAACGCACCAGUACAUAUUUGACCAUUUAUUUUGUGACAUUUUAGAGGAAGCACAGCUUCCCCUGCCGUCAUCGUCUGAUUCAUAUAAAUAUUAUAAUGUUUCCUGGGAUUGUGCAACACUGAAUGUUGCAUAUUUGACCUUAAAUGGACAAACAUUAGAGUGUCUCUGCUUUGUUCUCACCAGUCUUUUAUUAGCAUUAAAUUUGAUCUGUUGUAAUCAGACUGGUAUCUGUUCCACUGGGUACCAUAAAGCUUGUUA